AUGGCACCAAAAAAGACCAAGAAAUCAGCAGAAGAUCCUCCUCCUUCUUCAACACCAACACCAACUACUCCUAGCUCUCCAAAGAAAAAAAUAAAUAAAAAUAAAAGCAAGCCCACCCCGACAAGCCAAUCCACCAACACUGCAACUACCCCAAUCCCAGCUGACAAGUCAAACAACAACAAGGAUGCAACCCCAAAAGCCGACACCAACCCAACACCAAAAAAGGGAUUUCCUCAAUGGUCCAUUGAAGAGGACAAGAAGCUUUGUAUCGCUUGGUUGAACACUAGCCGGGACGCAAUCGUUGGGAAAGGCCAGAAGGCCACAACAUUUUGGGAACGAAUUCAUGCAACCCUGACCGAACUCAUCACCGAAUACAACGAGGAGAAGAAUCAUUCCAGGAAUUUCAAACCUCUCCCUUUACGACCUGUCGGCGCAGUUGAAUGUCGUUGGGGACUCAUCCUCAAGAGCGUCAACAAGUUUGCUGGCUUCUACUCAAACCUUAGCGGGGCUAAAGAGCUGUACAAAACCACUUUGGGGUUGCCUUUCAAUCUUGACCAUUGCUGGGGGAUAUUGAAAGACACCCCAAAGUGGCAGGCUACCCAACGAGAGAACGAGGCCAGAACAAAGAAGACCACCAAGUCGGAAACAGCCGCCCCCUCAACCGAUGCUUCUAGCUCUGUGGUUGCGGUCUCAAGCCCUUGGGUAGUUGAUAUUGAGGAUAACGACUCGGGGCCUAGUCGAUCGGUGCUUGGUAAUGGGCGUGUCAAAGGUCAAAAGGCGGCCAAACGAGAAUGA